UCUGUCCACUUUGCGAUGCCGUAGCCAGUGUUAAUGGCACGAUGAUAGAAAAGGAGAGCUUGAAAUAUAGUAUUUUGUCGGAAACCAGCUUUAAACAGCAUCAGUGCCUCGCUUUGCACUGGAGAGGGCUUGCAGUAGCUCGCGCUGAUGGUCCUAGCCGUGGGAGGUACAUGGAUGGGAUGAUCCACAUGUUGACUAAUGGCUGUUCUGAAAAACAAAAUGUAUUUAGCUAAAGAGAUGACAUGAAAUGAUACUACAUCCCAGAAGAUCAUCACAGCGCGGUGACGAGUGCACUCUCCAUUGUGUGCAGCAGAAUGUCUCCACGGGUGGCGACUCUGCUGUCCGGGCUGUGGCUGUCCUUGGUUCUGGCUUGUGCUGCUAGUUCGAUGUGGCAAGCCUGUGACAAUGGGAAGCUCUUGCUGGGGAGAGACCUGCCCCUGUCAGCUGUAUGGAGCUGUCCUGUGAUUUCCUGGCCAGAGUCUACUACCCAGAAGAUUCCUAGCAUUGAGACAGAGUAUCCCCCACAGCCGAUUGAGCACGUCUGCAUGGACACACCCAUCACCUACAAUCACACUAUCCCCAACAGUGGUGCUCACCGGACUGUAGGGGCAGAGAGUGGAGAGUACCUGUACUGCCCCCCUCAACGCUGGCUCAACAACCUGCAGCAUGGAGCAACAGUGUUGCUGUACCAUCCGUGUGCUCCUGUUCGUCAGCGUGACCUGCUGUCUGUCCUGGGCCACUGCUGUCUGUCUGACUACAUCAUAACGCCACACCCUGACCUCAGCAAACACAGACCGUUAGCGCUGGUGUCCUGGGGUCGCACUCUGGAGCUGUCCCAGGUGACCACCCCGGAGGUCUGCGAUUGGCUGCAGUUGACAGCGGCACACGGUAACAGUGGCGAUGUGGGUCCAAACAGGAAGUAUAACUUGCUGUUGACCCAUCCUGCGGAUCACAAACACGCAUGCCCAAAGAAGUCUCGGAAGCAGUGCUGUGAGGAGACCCUCGCUCUGUUGCUGGAUGGACGGUUGGAGGUGACAGACUGGAGGAGAGGGAGGGUCCGCAAGAGCCGAGCUGCACUCGGGAACGAUGGGAGGGAGAAAGAGAGCCGGACCACCGUGUUGCCGCCUCUAGCAGUCACCAAGACCAACAGGACUACCCUGAACAGACCGGAAGCACAGGGCCCAGCCAUAGUGAGGGCUACACAGAGAGAUACAGACCAAGGACUCAAAGUGACUCAACCUCGCCGCAGAGACAAUUACACGGAUGACAAAGAGCCCAGAGGGAAAGUGAGAGAAACAGACUGGCUGAACCAGAACGAAGCAGAGGACAAGAGGCAGAGCGGGAAACCGCGAGACAUCCAGGGGAGAGGGGUGAAGAGCAGCAGACACGAGGGAGAGAGACGGCCCCGUAACUCUCCGACCGAGAGGGAAAAGGCUCUGUCUCAGAGUCGGCGUAAGCAGUUGGCUGUCACACAGGCGAACAGCCAGGACGGGAGAGCAGGCUGUGAUGGUAGGGUGGGCCACAGCGAGUGCACUGAGACCGUAGCUCCGCUAGGGGGCGCCGCGGCUGGACCCGGUGACAGGAUGCUGCCCACUCCGCGGACAGACGAGGCGGUGUGGGCGGCGGCGGCGUUGGGCUUCCUCCUGGUGCUGCUGGCACUCUCCAUGCUGCACACCCGCCUUUACCGCCAGUGGCGCACCACGCCCAGCAUGUACUGGCAUGACCCCAAGCAGGACUACGACAGCGUGGCAGAUGUGAUCCACAGGAGGCUGAAGAUGCCAGGGAGGAGGAAGAGGAGGGUGUCCAAGAGCCGAAGACAGGAAUGUGUCCUCCUACCACCCAGCUCCAGCACAGAGGAGGACGAGUAGAAACAGACAUCUGUUUAUUACACCCAUCUUGUCUUUAGCCCUGGGAGAAGGAAGGGCACUGGGACCUAAAAGCAGGGUACUCCCAUUUGCCUAAUAACACUGCUCUGUUGAAGAAACUGAGCAUUUUAUGGAUUUUUUAGUUAGGAGACCUCCGAUUCAUCUUCUAUCGUUAAGGAAUAUUUUAGUAUUUUAACUGUCAUACAACACUCCAUAGUAUAAAACCCCAUUCAAUCAGAUCUCAUUCACAAUCACCACCAAUGAUACCAUUUCACUUCGCAUUCAAAUGUUCUCGUAGGGGCUGAUUCA